AUGAGACGUUUAGUGAAGUCUAUUGAUAAAUACGAGACAGCGGAGGAUGAUAAGUCCCUUAUAUUCACGGUAUCGCAAAUCAUAUGUGAUUUUAUCAAUGAUGUUAUAGAAAAUUUUGAAAAAAAAGGGAAUUUCAUAAAUUACUUUGGAAGGGACAUCGAUGCAGCUUGCGGACAAUUAUUCGCAGAGUAUGACCCCGUCGAUAGUAAUAAACUGUUCAACCCCAAGCUCCGAAGGACUCAACAAGAAUUAAAACCUUGUAGAACAUAA